AUGACUCUCGUAAUCCCAGACAAGUUUCAGCACAUUUUGCGUAUUAUGAAUACGAACAUUGACGGUCGCAGAAAGUCAAUGUUCGCCAUUACAGCCAUCAAAGGUAUUGGACGCCGAUUCUCUAAUGUUGUCUGCAAAAAGGCUAACAUUGACCUAAAGAAACGUGCUGGUGAAUUGACCGAAGAGGAGGUUGACAGAGUUCUGACUGUCAUGUCCAAUCCUCGUCAAUAUAAAAUCCCAGACUGGUUUCUCAACAGACAAAAAGACAUCAAGGAUGGCAAAUACAGUCAAGUGAUGGCUAAUGCACUGGAUAACAAAUUGCGUGAAGACUUGGAACGUUUGAAGAAAAUCAGAGCUCAUCGUGGUCUCCGUCAUUUCUGGGGCUUGCGUGUCAGAGGUCAGCACACAAAAACUACCGGUCGUCGUGGUAGAACUGUUGGUGUAGCCAAAAAGAAGUAA